UCCGACCGGCCCGGAGCAGCCGCCGCCGCCGCUGCGCAUCCUAGUACCCCUGCCUUCUCUCUGACCGCUGCCUUCAAUCUGAACGCGCUGCAGCCGUCGGAGCUCCUGCUUUCCCUCGGGGGCCGUCGUCGUCCGUCUGAACGCGUUCCACGCGUCCUAGUGCAGCCGGCGCCCAUCGGCGCCGCGCUCAAACUUCCCGAGUCGGAGGGCGCGGGCGGUGGCAGCGGGGCCCGGAUGGGAGCCCGGGUCGGCGGCGGCGGCGCCCAUGGACGCUAACCGCCCGGGCGCGUUUGUGCUGAGCAGCGCGCCGCUGGCUGCGCUGCACAACAUGGCUGAGAUGAAGACGUCGCUGUUCCCCUACGCGCUGCAAGGCCCGGCCGGCUUCAAGGCACCCGCCCUAGGCAGCCUUGGCGCGCAGUUGCCUCUGGGCACUCCGCACGGCAUCAGCGACAUCCUGGGACGGCCGGUGGGCGCAGCGGGUGGAGGCCUCCUGGGAGGACUGCCCCGCCUCAACGGACUCGCCUCGUCUGCAGGUGUCUACUUCGGGCCCGCGGCAGCGGUGGCACGGGGCUACCCCAAGCCGCUGGCGGAAUUGCCUGGGCGGCCGCCCAUCUUCUGGCCCGGAGUGGUGCAGGGCUCUCCCUGGAGGGACCCGCGCCUGGCGGGCUCGGCCCAAGCCGGCGGGGUCCUGGACAAGGAUGGCAAGAAGAAACACUCACGGCCGACUUUCUCGGGCCAGCAGAUCUUCGCGCUGGAGAAGACUUUCGAGCAGACCAAGUACCUGGCAGGCCCAGAGCGCGCGAGGCUUGCCUACUCUCUGGGAAUGACCGAGAGCCAGGUGAAGGUGUGGUUCCAGAAUCGGCGAACCAAGUGGCGCAAGCGGCACGCGGCAGAGAUGGCGUCGGCUAAAAAGAAGCAGGACUCGGAUGCUGAGAAGCUGAAGGUGGGCGGCUCAGACGCGGAGGACGAUGACGAAUACAACCGGCCCCUGGACCCCAACUCCGACGACGAGAAGAUCACGCGGCUACUCAAAAAGCACAAACCCUCGAACUUGGCGCUGGUUAGCCCGUGCGGCGGCAGCGCGGGGGACACCUUGUGAGGAUGCGGCCAGGCCAGAGAACCCGGGAACCGGGGCUCGCGGCAUGCCCCGACGCCAGCCGCCCAGCCGCAGUGUGUAUAUAUAUUUUUACAGAAUAAGUUAUAAAGCGGACAUUGGCGCGGCCUCGGCGUGAGGUGCGGAGUGCGGGGGUUUGGGCCGGUCACUUUGUAUAAUCAAUAAAUUAUUUAACACGUCCCCGUCGGAGCUGUGGCUCCCAAGGCUGCACAUCGUGUUUCUUCCUUACGGAACUGGUGCCAGCGGGCGGGCGGCAGGACCGACCAGCCCCUACCUAGCCUGUUGCCCCUGUGGGCGCCAGGGCCUGGCACAGGGGGGCGCGACAGUGCUUGAUGACGACCCGGGGCCCGUGUGCGCUUUGGGUUCAGAGGCUCAGCGCAUGGUGAUGGUCCCAGAUCCCACAGUGAUGGCAGCUUACACGAAUACAGAAGUGGUGAGAUUUGAGCAUCUGGAGCCCCAGUACCAGCAAAGGCAGUAUCCGCAGCCCGGGAAGGGAAGGACACCGCAGCGUACUGCUUGAAGGAGGCAGACCAGCAGAGAACUCGGUGGAAGAGACCCCAAAGCAGGAACCGAGCAGUCACUUCCAGAGGCCUUCAGAGGAAGGACCCACAGCUGGAACCCAAAGACAAAACCGCUGCGGACAUGGCACAUUGGCAAGGAGCGACCAUGGCAGUCACAGACCCGACCCCGGCCGGCAUCAAGGACACAGGCCGGCCUUCGGUGAUUUCUAGGGAAACCGACAGACAAUAACUCGCGCCUCCGCCCCAUCCAGGAACUGUAGUGUUCAGAAGUAAAUCAAUAAAAGCACGCUGUGUUUCCUCA